AUGUUACUGCUCAAACUCUUCGUGGUGCUCAUGACUUGCCUGCUGCUGCUGGGCCAGGUCAAUGGCUCCCCAGUACCAGAACUGAGUUCAGCAAAAAGAUCCCGGAGAAUGACCCCAUUUUGGAGAGGGGUUUCCCUCAGGCCCAUUGGCGCUUCAUGUCGGGAUGAUUCGGAGUGUAUCACAAGACUAUGCAGAAAAAGACGCUGUUCUUUAAGUGUGGCCCAGGAGUGAUGUUCACACCAGUGGAAAAGUCAACUCCAACAGUGCUCCGUUCUGUGGAAUAUUGGUUAACUGCAUUUGGGCUGGAGAUACUUAAGUGAAGCAAUCUUGUGUUUUUAAUAUUUAAAGACAGAUGCUUGCUUUAAACUGGCCUCCAUUUCUUCUUAGAAUGUUGUU